AUGUCCGAAGCAGGCGAAUGUAUAGCGGAGCACACGCGCCUGCUGCGGCUGGUGGGAUACCUGCGCGGCGGGGGGGCGGCGCACGCGGCCUACCGCGCGGCUGCACUGGCGCUCACCUCUCUGUACCUGCUGCAGGAGUGCGUGUACGCAUACCGGGCGCGCAGCGACAUGACCAAGCUGUCCCGCGUCAUGUUCCUACUGCUGUGCCACGUCACUUCGAUCGUUAAGCAGAUAGUGUUCCACGUCGAUGCGGGAAGGAUAGAUAAAAUGAUUGAGGAUUUGGAUGGCGCGGUGUACAACAGCGGCGGGUGGCGCGGCCGGCAGCUGCGCGCGGGCACGAGCGCUCGUGCGCGGCGCGUGGUGCGCGUGUACGCGGGCUGCGCCGUGCUCACGUGCACGCUGUGGCUGCUGUUCGCGGCGCUGGACCGCGCGCGCGGCCGCCCCGUCGAGUUCCCUUUCUGCACCGGCCUCAGCGCCGACCACCCUCUCGAAUUUACGUUGGUGUUAUUAUAUUCCUACUACGUCACGACGCUAGUGGGCAUCGCCAACACAACGAUGGAUGCCUUUAUAGCUACCAUUCUUUAUCAAUGUCAGACGCAAUUUAAAAUCUUAAGAAUGGAGUUGGAGGAACUACCAGAUAGUGCGUGGAAAAUAAGCCUGAAAACAGGUUUGGAAUAUGAUAAGAUUCUGAUGGAAAUGUUUGUGGAACGAUUGUAUCAUUAUAAAAAAAUAACAGAGAUGGCUAAUUUGCUACAAGAUAUUUUCAAUACUGCAAUAGUGGUUCAAUUUGGGAUAGGCGGUUGGAUCUUGUGCAUGGCUGCCUACAAACUUGUCAGUCUGAAUGUGCUUAGCAUCGAGUUUGCAUCGAUGACGUUGUUCAUUGUCUGCAUCCUUACGGAAUUGUUCCUGUACUGCUACUAUGGCACUGAGCUCACGGUCGAGAGCGAGCGGCUGGCCAGCUCGGUGUACGCGAUGCGGUGGCUGUGCACGAGCGUGCGGUUCCGGCGCGCGCUGGUGCUGCUGAUGGAGCGCGCGCGCCGCCCGCUGCGCCCCGCCGCCGCGCGGGUCGUGCCGCUCUCGCUAGACACCUUCCUGAAGAUUCUUAAAUCCUCGUACACAUUUUAUGCUGUCCUUCGUCAAACAAAAUGA